CCAAAUGGUGCCUUGCGGUGCUCACUGGCCUGAUCUGCAGAUGCCCCCGCUGGCACUGAAUAAGCCAGUGGCCACAAUGUUGGUCCUGAGCUGCGUGUGCGCGGUGCCCCUGCACUGCCAGGUGGACCCCCGGCAGGUGGACCCCCUGACGGCGCCCCGCGCCGACCCGCAGUGCUGGGACUUGGCGUCGGCUCGACUCCUGGAGAUGCGCUCGCCCAGGGUGGCCGACACGGUGGCUGGCUUCUGGGGACUCAUGGAAGUGCUCCGGGCGUCGGACAAUGCCAAGCACACGACCCUCUUCUGGGACCUGGCGAGGAUCUUCUGGGAAAUGUACUUGGACUGCGUCAUGUCCAGGAGCCACGGCCUCGGACGAAGACACGUCACCAGGGUGCAUUCCCUCACCACGGACAGUGAGUAG